AUAAAAUACGAAUAUAUUCCAAUAUAAAUCGCAGCUAAGAUGGCGGGUCAACUUCACCAAUGCACUUGUAUUAGUUUUAUGUUAAUUGUAUUGGUUUAUCAAGUUAAAGGCAUAGAUGAAGAAGCUACAUCUAGAGAUCUCAAAUAUAUUUCGACAUUUGUGGCAGAAGACAGAGCAGCAAGAAAACAAGUAGACCUUCGGAGACCACCUUUUUGCUACUACAAGCCUGUCAGAGGUGAAUGCAGUUUAAAGUUACCGAGAUAUUAUUACGACUCCACUCACAACAGAUGCAGAGUGUUCCUAUAUUCUGGCUGCGGUGGCAAUACUAACAACUUUUUGACCCGACCACAGUGUAUCGAAGUUUGUCAGUAAUACCACGAACUUUUACAUCUACGCCACAGUAAACAGUUAAUCAAGUUAUAUAAUGAUUUAUUUAUUUUGCUAUCAUCCGCGAAAAUUCGGCGAACCCAUGCGACAACGUCACCCAGGUCCGACAAAAUACUCUCUACGUACGUUUCACCCCGAAACCGGAGCAUCCUCAGGAGAUGUUGACUCUACAACGUGCAAUUGCAAAGUGUCGUUUUCGACCUUUGCUUCGUCUUUAAUAGACCAAAAAGUAGGUGGG